GCGAUCGAUGUCUCGCGGGCGUGCGGUUUGCCCAACCGAACGGGCCUCUAACUCGCAGAACAGGUCCAGCUGUAGCUCUGGACGGCAUUCAUCCCCAAAAUGACAUCCGAAGUACUGCAAGAGGAAUUCGAGGUACUCGAGUCCAUAUAUCCCACCGAACUCACAAAACUCUCGGAAAGGGCUGUGCGGAUAGAUGUCGAACCAGACGAUCCCACAGAGGGCGAAGAAGACAUUAAAUUGGCACUCGAAGUCACUUACACGGAUGACUAUCCCGACGCUCUGCCUGAACUGUCUCUAGAGCUUCUUGAGGGUCCAAUAGAGGAAGAUGACAUCGCGAACCUCUUGGCGGAGCUACGAGAUGUGGGCGAAGAGAACCUCGGCAUGGCGAUGACCUUUACUCUCGCUAGUCAUCUCCGCGAAAAGCUAUCCUCUCUUAUACGGAAUCGAGCAGAGCGAAGACGACAGGAGGAGACGGAGACGGAGAGACAAGCCAUCGAGGCGGAAGAGGCUCGAACACGUGGAACACCCGUCACGGUGGACCGCUUCACAGCUUGGAAGGUCGAGUUCGAGAAAGAGCUGGCUGCUAAGAAGGCACGGGAGGAGGAAGAGAGGCUCAAAGCCAUGACACCAAAGGAGAGGGAAGAGUACAAGAGGCUCGCUACUCGCUUGACAGGUCGUCAUCUCUUCGAGCGCGACAGGAGCCUAGCAGUCUCGGACGACAGUAUGAUCGACGAAGGUGCAGUCUCUGUCGAUAUCAGCCAAUAUGACAGAACAGCUAUAGAAGAGGAAGAGGACGAAGAACGAGUGACUUUCAGCGACAGCGAUUGAGUAGUAUAAUAUCCACUGUACCAAGACUACUGACUGGAUGUAGCC